AUGAGUUCCCCCGCCAAGAAGGCACAAUCACAUUUACCUGAGGCGACGUCGCCGACGGCACAGUCUCCCAAAGGGAAUGCAAAGUCGCCCACUCCUGGCCCCGCGUCGCCCACGCCUGGUCCUGCAUCGCCGGCGGCCGUCCACGCCGGGGAGCCUACCGACCUGCUCUCUGGCGCGCAUUGGGGUGAGCUGGAGAUUCCUGACGACAACGACUCGACUCUAGUUAGUGAUGCUGAGAGUUCGACGGCCUCGAUCACGUCUACUAUCUUGGAUUACCGUACGAUUAGUGGCAGGACAUAUCACAGUGAUGCUGUGACUGAUUCCGAGUAUUGGGGUCCAAAUGAUGAGAAGGCGAAUGAGGUGUUGGAUAUUUUUCACCACGCCAUGACCCUGUUGUUUGACGACAGACUAUACACAGCCCCACUCUCCAAGGACAUCGAGAAUGCUCUUGAUGUUGGCACUGGUACAGGUCUAUGGGCGAUCGAUUUUGCUGAUGAAUUCCCCAACUGCCGGGUGGUCGGUACCGAUAUUUCGCCCAUUCAGCCAAGCUGGGUCCCUCCUAACCUCUCCUUCAAUAUUGACGAUGCAACGAAGGAAUGGGCAUUCCAGCCCGAUCUGUUUGACUAUAUCCAUAUCCGGUGGCUCUGUGGUACAAUUAAGGACUGGCCGUCCUUAUAUAAGGAAGCGUACAGGUGUACUAAGCCGGGUGGCUGGAUUGAGCAUGUUGACGGUGAUGUCAAUGUCGUAUGCCUCGACGGCACUAUGCCCGAUGAUUCGGCUAUGAAUCAAUGGGGAAAGAUUUGGACCAGUGUUGAAAGAAAGACCGGAAAUGUGUUCAACAUCGUUAGGACUGGUAUUAUGGAGGAUGGAUUGAAGGAAGCGGGCUUUACCAAUGUGCAAAUCGAAGACUACUUGUUUUGGGCUCCGACGGGUCCUUGGCCUACAACCGAAAAAGAGAAGCAGAUCGGAUUCUUCCAUUACAUUUUCUCAACGCAGGACAUUGAGGGCUUCCUCAAUUACUUCCUGGGCCAGGUGAUGGGGUGGACUGACAAGGAGAUGGCAAACUAUGCCGCGGCUAUUCGACGGGAGUACAAGGAGGGCAAGAUCCAUGGGUACAUCAAGUGGCGCGUAGUUCGUGCCCAGAAGCCGUUGGAUGCCUAA